GAACCCGGCAAAUUUCAUUUUCUCAGUUCACCUUUUAGGCCCCCUUUCUCUUCGUCUUCUGCGAUUUCAUCCACGACUCUCUAAAAAUCGGCACUUCCUCUCAACAAGUUUCUGUUCGGCGCUUGUGUUUCUGCGAGAUAUUUAGUUUUUUCACUUUCAUUUGCCAGGAAAGUAGGCGUGGAGGUUCCAAGGACUGCUAGGUUUCCUUUCCUAUGCUUAAGAUGGAAUCCGGUGUGGAUUUUGUGAAUACCCUUGAGUAUGACAUGUCGUUAAAGAUUCUAAUGUGUUUGGAAGAUCCAUCUGAUAUUGUCCGUGCCAGUUCUGUCUCUCGUUCGUGGCGACAUUUUGUGAUUGCAAAUGGACUCAGUAAGCAUCUGUGCUUGAGCAUGUUUCCCCAAUUGUCUAGAGUUGACCAUGUCACUGAAUCUAGCGAUAGUAUUAAAAGGUCCACUGAAGCUGGAUCCAGCAAUUAUAUGGAAUGGGAAACUUUGGAGACAGAGCAUAGAGUAUAUGCCUUUUUAGCUCAAGGAUGUGCAUCAUUUCCUCUCAGAGAGUGCAUUUCAGAGGCAAUAGUUGCUUCUAGCACAGAUAAUUAUCCAGAGGAAAGAAUCCAUCAUACUCUGGAACCAAGAGAUAUAAUUGGUGAUCGUGCUUCUUACUGGUCCAGUAAAGGGCAAAGUAAUCCUGCAGUGCCUGAGACACUACUGUAUAAAUUGGUUUCUGAUUUGUGUGUCAUUACCGAAAUCAACAUAAAGCCUUUCCAAGCAUUCUUUCAGGAAGGUUUGCCAAUCUAUUCGGCAAAAUUUGUCCGAUUUCGGAUGGGUCACUCUAAGUCUACUGUGAAUGAUUCCAUCAAUGAGUCAGGCCAGAGCUCAUUUGAUGAGAAGUUGGUAUGGACUUACACUUCACCAGAGUUUCCGAUGACUCAUGAAAAUUGCCUGCAGAAGUUCGAGCUUCCAGAACCUGUUCUUUGUAUUGGCAGAUAUUUGCAGAUUGAGUUGCUGGGCAGGUUCCAGAGACAGGAAAUAGAUUGCUUGUUCUACAUAUGUGUAUCGCAUGUAAAAGUUAUAGGACGAUCAUUAUCAGGAGCAUUUGGUCUUGAAAUCAUUGCGCCCUCCCAGAAGUUCGUUCUGAAGGCUCUGAAUGAAAUGUGAUGGACCACCCAAAUGAAAUGUCUAGAAUGUAUUGGCAAAGGCAUGUUAGAGACUUUGGGGCAUUUUGUGAAUUUGCUGUGCGGAAAUGUGAUGGAUCUGGAUGUUGCAGCAUAUGGAUGGGAUGAAGAUGAGGACGAGGAUGAAGAAGAAGAUGAUUAUGAAUUGGAUGAAAACAUGGAUGAAGAGCUUUUGUGAUGAGUAUGAGCUAGAUAAAGACAUGGAUGAAGAGUUAUUGUGAUAUUAUCUGUCUUGCAGGGGAAUCAUGUCCUGCUUUGCUCAUGUUCUGUUCUCCCAGGGCUUGGAACGCAAUGAACUGCCAUAAGGGCCCUCGAGCUAUGGCUUGUCCACUCUAAACAAGAGUGUUGAAAAUCUUUGCGCUUGGUUUUGCUGUUUUCUUGCAGUGAUUGUAUAACUUUGACAUGCUAUUGGAAUAAAAUAGUUUUAGCAAUACUUCCAAA